GUAUUUUACAUUAUGGAGUAAACAAUUUCGAAAAUCUGCCACCAAGAUUUUAAGCAGGGUCUGAGACACCUCCUAUUAAUCGACGGCCUCGGCGCUCCAUUCUCUAUGCUCUCGAUGCUCUUACUCUUGCGUAGUCUGGUCUGCUGUGUGUUGUCGGAAGAUGGAGCAGAGCAUGGGGUCCCUCCAACAAGAAGCCUUAAAGAGAAAAGAAAGACUGAAAGCUCUCCGGAGUAAGCAGCUACAGAACAGAGACCCGGAGGAUGGCGAGCCCGAGAAUAAGCGUUCUGUUGAAGAGAUUGAGGAAGUGAAGCACAGGGAGCUAAAGCUGCGGAACUACACUCCAGAGGAUGAGGAGCUCCGGGAGAGACAGGUGCCCAAAGCAAAGCCGGCCUCAGUGGAGGACAAGGUGAGGGACCAACUCGAAGCAGCCAAUCCGGAGCCAGUGAUCGAGGAAGUGGACUUGGCUAACCUUGCACCCAGGAAGCCUGAUUGGGAUUUGAAGAGAGACGUGGCUAAGAAGCUGGAGAAGCUUGAGAAGAGGACACAGAGAGCCAUCGCAGAACUGAUCCGUCUUUCUAUAACCAUAACAAAGGCACAGAUUGCUCGGCCACAUCCCCUGAAAUACCCUCGGCCACGCCCCCUUCAGUGGCGAGUCUAAUCACGUAUCCUCCAAUCCGUGACUGACACGUCGCCUACCGCAUUAAGGCGAUGACUUCUGGUGUAGUGGCUCAACCCCCUUCCAGGAUGACUGACUUCCAACUGACCCUGGAAUGAACUGUCAAACCAUCCAGUCCAAAGCACUCUGUUUCCUUUAUACGGCGCCCUCACAGGUCGGGAGGGAGAUUGUUGACUAGGAUUCAUUUUUUAUCUGUCACAAUGCCUCACAACACUGUUAUUGGUAUCCUUGCUGGCACAGUUCAGUCUGCCUCCUAAAUGUGUUUUCAGUGUUGGCCGAGCUGGACAAUGACCACCUAACUUUGAAAACAAAGCACUGGUUCACCUAGUACAUUCAAGUCGGUGUCGCAACGCUUUAUUUUUACAUUACUGUGGGAUUUUUACUAGAAGAGACAGGAUUCAGUCAGUCAACACUUUGGAGUUUACUCUAUGAAUGACCCUUCUGCAAGCUUUUAAAGACCCUGAUUUUUAUCCCCUCUGGUGAACCGCUUAACUGUUCAUCCAGGUGUUAAACUUGGCUCGGGCAUUCUUCAGCUGAAGUUAUUGAGAGCAUUUGCAUGUAGUGUGGAUAUAGGUCACGGUGAUCUACUUUCUUACUUGCUGUGCUAUUUGCCCUUCAGGUAUUCCCAAAAUUCAGACAACUCACACCUUGGACUUUUUAAAGUUGUUUUAUUUGUAGCUUGUAAAGGUGCAUAACUUCCUUUUAAUGAUGAGUUUUUAGGAGGGUGUUGUUACCAGUAGUUUUGAACUGCCCCAUUGGCCUAUUAUACUCCAGAAUGGUUGCUGGUUGGUUCUCAUAGUCUGCUUGGUUUCUGUUUCAU